CGCGCGCGCAGCAUCCUCCUCCUUUUCUCCUCCUCCCUCCUCCUCCUCCUCCCCGUCAUCAUCUUCACCUUCACGCGAGCGACAUGAGGUGGUCCGGCUGCUAGGAGCUCGUCACGCGCGUCCCCCCCACCCGCAGCCCCAGCAUGCUCUUCGACACCUUCGACCUGCUGUCUGCUCUGGCCACGCUGGCGGCGUGCGCGCUGUGCGUGGCGCUGCUGCUCGCCGUGUCACAGCAGCUGUGGCAGCUGCGCUGGACCGCCACGCGGGACAAGAAGUGCAAGCUGCCCAUGCCCAAGGGCUCCAUGGGCUUUCCCUUCAUCGGCGAGACGUGCCACUGGCUCCUGCAGGGUUCGGGUUUCCACGCGUCGCGGAGGCAGAAGUACGGCAACGUGUUCAAGACCCACCUGCUGGGCCGCCCGCUGAUCCGGGUGACUGGCGCCGAAAACGUGCGCAAGGUGCUGAUGGGCGAGCACACGCUAGUGACGGUGGACUGGCCGCAGAGUACCGCCGCCCUGCUCGGACCCAAUUCGCUCGCCAACAGCAUUGGCGACAUCCACCGUAAGAGGAGGAAGGUGUUCGCCAAGGUGUUCAGCCAUGAGGCCUUGGAGUCGUACCUGCCCAAAAUUCAGCAGGUGAUCCAGGAGAGCCUGCGUGUGUGGAGCUCCAACCCCGAGCCCAUCAAUGUCUACAGGGAAAGCCAGAGGUUGUCCUUCACCAUGGCGGUGAGGGUCCUGCUGGGAUUCCGUGUCUCUGAAGAGGAAAUGAGGCACCUGUUCUCCACUUUCCAAGACUUUGUCAACAAUCUCUUCAGCUUGCCGAUCGACAUGCCCUUUAGCGGCUACAGGAAGGGUCUGCGAGCGCGCGACAAGUUGCAGAAGAGCAUCGAGAAAGCCAUCAGGGAGAAGCCGUUGUGUACGCACGGCAAGGACUACAGCGACGCCCUGGACGUCCUGAUGGAGAGCGCCAAGGAGAACAGCGCCGAGCUCACCAUGCAGGAGCUCAAGGAGUCCACCAUCGAGCUGAUCUUUGCCGCUUUCGCGACUACGGCCAGCGCCAGCACCUCUCUCAUCAUGCAGCUCCUGCGCCACCCGCCGGUCCUGGAGCGCCUACGGGAGGAGCUGAGGGCACGAGGCUUUCUGCAGAAUGGUCGCCUGUGCCCAGAGGGUGAGCUGCGUCUGGACACUAUCGUCAGCCUCAAGUACUUGGACUGCGUCAUCAAGGAGGUUCUCAGGCUCUUCACGCCAGUCUCAGGGGCCUAUCGGACCGCCGUGCAGACCUUUGAACUCGACGGGGUGCAGAUUCCAAAGGGCUGGAGCGUGAUGUACAGCAUCCGGGACACCCACGACACAUCGUCCGUCUUCAAGGACGUGGACGCCUUCGAUCCCGAUCGUUUCAGCCAGGAGCGCGGCGAAGACAAGGAAGGGCGCUUCCAUUACCUGCCCUUCGGCGGCGGCGUCCGGUCCUGCCUGGGCAAGCAGCUGGCUACGCUCUUCCUGCGCAUCCUAGCCAUCGAGCUAGCCAGCACCAGUCGCUUCGAGUUGGCCACGCGAAACUUCCCGCGCGUGGUCACCGUGCCCGUGGUCCAUCCGGUGGACGGGCUUAAGGUCAAGUUCUACGGCCUGGACUCCAACCAGAACGAGAUCAUGGCCAAGUCCGAGGAGCUCCUCGGCGCCACCGUGUGACGACUGAAGGAUGCAGCGUUUUCUUUUCCACCUUUUUAUGACUUAAAAAAACAUUUUCGCCGGAAAAGCAAGACGCUACCGUAAGGAUUCUGCUCUCAUCUCUACAACAAACAAUGGAAUAUCAUUGGACAAGAGCGCAGGGGGAGGGAAAUCAAGUAUUGAUCAAACAGGGUACCGGACGACAGGAAACAAAGCCUUCGGGGAAUUCGUUCGAAUCCUUAACGUCAAAUACGAGUUUGGAUCUUUGAACGGUUUUUCGGUGGAUCGUUUAUAGUUCAUCUGCGUUCCAAUGAUUGUCUAAAUCUCCCUAGCUCGUAGCACACUAGCACCCGCUGCUCACGGUUCCGACGAUCACUCGACAUGUAAACGCUGCUCGUCUUCGUCGCGUUUCGGCGCUCGCGAUUCGCUGCUUCUCGACGCAGAGUAAUUCCAACCAAACGGACGGUGAUCGACCAAUCGCGUGGCUUGCACUCCCGUCUUAACACACCACUGACUCGUUCAGGAUUUGCUGCUUCUCACGGAGAGUUCUAGACGUCCCGACUCUUUUUCACGAUUUCUGAGGCUAGCGUAAAAUUCUUCAACGGUUUUAGGAUCUGCGUUUUGUACAAAGCAAAAAACGUGCUACUUUUUAUUUCGCAAGCCACGGGAAAAUUCAGCUAUUGACUAAUAACCUAUUAUUAAUGAUAAUGUCAUAUUUUUUUUUAAAUUGUACUACAGAGUCGUUUUAGUUUUGAGCCGAAAUGAGGAAAAACAAAAAAAGGUUUGGAAAAUACUGGAUUUCUAGAGAAUGUUAUGUAUAUCAUUUACUUUGUACACAGUGUUGAAAUUGUUAAUAGUGUUAAUGGAUGACUGUAAUUAUGUGUUUUUGUUAUUCAGACUUAUUAUGGCUGCAUUUGAUUUGCUAUUAAUUAUGGAAAACGCAAAGCACUUGGGGGUUAAGAUUUAUUUUUUAAGGGCCAAGCGACUACAUUUCCUCUUUUCUGAUGCUUUGUCUGAACGUCCUGUACAUAUUUGUGUUUCAUUUCAUAGGAAAUAUGAUGUUGCUUAGCUGAAUUAUGAAUGUCUAUCUUGUUUUUUGUAACCGUGAUUGUUCAAUGUACUCCUGCAAUAAACUAUGUAGUAAAAAAAACAAAAAACAAAGGAAAUAGGGAAAUAAUGGUUUUGUGAGUUUAAUAUUCCAGAUAUAUUCAAUAUAUGGCGCAUCUGACUAUAGAGGCCGCUCACCACCAAAUUUGACACGAAAACGGCAUUUGUUCGUAGAUAGGCUGCAACUGUCCUCACUGUUUUACGGGAUAUUUACGCCAGAAAAUAUUAACCGGUACCCAGUACUUAAUUUGUAAAUCAUAAGGUGCCAGAACACAAAGUACAUGUGACGGCGCUGGGAUGACGAGACGGGCACAGGUCCCGGAACAUACGCAGAAAAUUGUGCUGAAAAUAACACGCAAAUGCCCACUUGCUAUGUUGUGGGACUUACGAGCCUCAGUUUCAGAUAACACCAAUGGUAUAUGUUAUGACAACAAUUUAUAAUUAUGAAGGAUAUAUACUCUGCACAGCACGGGCAAUUGCCCACAUAACCACAGGUGGGACUUACAGUACACAGUCAGCAAUUAGUUUCUUGUUACUUGUAAAACAAAACAAAAAAAUAAUCAGAGAUUACAAUAAAUAUUACAAACCCAUUCUUUUGCGAGUUUCAUCAACCCCGUCUUCUCUGGCCCCAAAGUUCCCACCGCCUUACAAAUUGUGGAGUCCAAAUUUCCCAUUAGGGUACUGUCCUGUUGCUCCAGAUGUUGGCGGCCCACCUGGCUGACUGCUGGCGCUGUAGCUGGCCCCCGCUCCGGGUGGCGCUGAACCUGACCAGCUGCUGCCACGGUAGCAGCCUCCUGCCCCUGCUUGGCUGGCUGUCCGUGAACCUGACUAGCUGAUGUGAUGCUAGCCUCUUGCUGCACCGGCCCUGCCCGUUAGCAUGAUUCAAAUACCGUUUAAUCCUAGCUGCUUGCUCUCCAGAUGCAGCAAAUUUACAAAGUUUAAAAAAAAAAAAAAAAAAAAAAAUUCUAUGUCACACGGAGGUGCCGGAUCUGCCCAAAUAAGUCCCGGAACACAGGGAGGCAAAAAAUCAAGAGGUGCCAGAUCCUGUUCUGGCAGAAUCAGGCACGGUAACACUCUAUUUGAUAGCAGCAUCAAGUGACUGUCAAAAGACCAGAUGAACCACCAUGAAGCUUUGAACCAAUUGGCUGCAAACCUUCAUUGCUUCAAGAAGCUUCAUUUGGAAAUCACUGUUCCCUAGGAGACAGUCAACCUCUGCUGCCACCUGCUGUCAACACUGUUGUUGUCCAAUAUGCCUCCUAGCAUGCAUUGCUGCGCUACAGAUGUAAAUAACAAUCAAAACUCAUGUUCUGUGCUCAUUAGUUCUUCAGUUACUGUUCCAGUUGUUUCAUUAAUUGCUAGUUAUGGUAUUUGGUAACUUUCUUUGACAGUGGUGCCAUAAGACUGUCAUUAGACAGUCAUAAUUAUGACAUGACACUGUCAUGAGCAUUAAUGAAUGCUUAUAUCAGAUCUCAUUUAGUGUUAUCCGGCAAAUUAUCUCACUUUUGAAUGGAUGUUGAAGGAAUCUGACCUUCUAGCCAGGCCCGGGCCGGCUCAUAGUCUUAACCCUUUGUACUGACUCCAUUUUAAAAGGUUUAAAGAAGGCUCACCGAAAACAACUUGACAAUUUAUUCAGAUCGACAGCGUUCAAAACGGCUAGGCGAAACAGAAACACUCAGGCGGGGAGGCAAGGUCACCCUAUCACAAGUCAACAAAAGGUUCCCGAGAAAAAUGACCACGAUGAGUUAAACAUUCAGUCUUUUGAAGGCUCUCGCUGGGCGUGCCGUGGGCAGGAAGAAGGGUGUGUUUGGGCGUUGUUUAAGAUUAUUGUCUGUUUGUGGAUUGGACAGGAUGAUUCGGGAAUUACUGUUGUCAGGGCAACGAGUGUUGUGGAUUUUUCCACCUCGGUGUCAAAGGUGCUCUUGGAGUCUCGUGUUAUCAGUUGGAUAUCGGGCGUUGGUUUUCCUUUUGUUGGGACAGGGUGUCCCGCCAUUUGUUCUGGACUGUCCGGGAGAACUGAUUGCGAGUCAAUUACAUGACGCACACAUUGGGCUUCGUGAUAAGAGGGCGUCAUGUAUCUUUUAUGCCCU